AUGCAGGCACCUGUCGUUUAUAUGAACACGUCUACCGAGAGGCAGACCGGGCGCCAGGCCCAGAUCUCCAAUAUCACCGCCGCCAAGGCGGUGGCAGACAUCAUCAGAACGUGUUUGGGCCCCAAGGCCAUGUUGAAGAUGCUCUUGGACCCAAUGGGAGGAAUCGUGCUUACCAACGACGGACACGCGAUCUUGCGUGAAAUCGACGUCUCUCACCCAGCCGCCAAGUCGAUGAUCGAAUUGAGCAGAACCCAGGACGAAGAGGUCGGCGACGGAACCACCACCGUGAUCAUCUUGGCAGGAGAGAUCUUGGCCCAGACGUUUCCCUACAUCGAAAAGAACAUACAUCCGGUGAUCAUCAUCCAGGCAUUGAAGAGAGCGUUGAGCGACGCCUUGGAAAUCAUCCACCAGGUGUCUGUUCCCGUGGACAUCGAGAACGAGGCCGCCAUGCUCAAGUUGAUCAAGGCGUCCAUUGGCACCAAAUACGUGCACAAGUGGUCAGAAAAGAUGUGCGAGUUGUCGUUGAAGGCGGUGAAAACGGUGAUGGUGCAGAAUGGCGACUACAAGGAGAUCGACGUCAAGAGAUACGUCCGGAUCGAGAAGAUACCUGGUGGCGAGGUCACCGACAGCGAGGUGUUGGACGGCAUCUUGUUGAACAAGGACGUGACCCACCCCAAGAUGAGACGCUACAUCGAGAACCCGCGUAUCAUCUUGUUGGACUGUCCUUUGGAGUACAAGAAGGGUGAGUCGCAGACCAACAUUGAGAUCACCAAGGAAGAGGACUGGAACAGAAUAUUGCAGAUCGAGGAGGAGCAGGUCAAGUUGAUCUGCGAGCAGCUCCUCGAGUUCAAGCCCGACUUGGUGUUGACCGAGAAGGGUGUCAGCGACUUGGCCCAGCACUACUUGUUGAAGGGAGGCGUGACUGCGUUGAGAAGAGUCAAGAAGAGUGACAACAACAGAAUUGCGCGUGCUACCGGCGCCACCAUCGUCAACCGCAUCGAAGACUUGAAGGAGUCCGACAUAGGUACGCGUUGUGGCAAGUUCAAGGUGGAGUUGAUUGGCGACGAGUACUUCUCGUACUUGGUGGAGUGCCAGCAGCCGCAGGCGUGCACGGUGGUGUUGAGAGGACCCUCCAAGGACAUUCUCAACGAAAUCGAGCGUAACUUGCACGAUGCCAUGGCAGUGACCAGAAACGUGAUGUUCGAGCCUUCAUUGUCGCCAGGAGGUGGAGCCACCGAGAUGGCUGUGAGCGUGCGGUUGGCCGAGAAGGCCAAGUCCAUCGAGGGCGUGGCCCAGUGGCCAUACCAGGCCGUGGCCGAUGCGUUCGAGGUGAUUCCACGCACUUUGAUCCAGAACUGCGGUGGAAAUCCCAUCCGGAUCUUGUCGCAGUUGCGGGCCAAGCAUGCUCAGGGCGAGCACACUUUUGGCAUUGAUGGCGACUUGGGCAAGGUGGUGGACAUGAACGAGUACGGGAUCUGGGAGCCUGAGGUGAUCAAGCAGCAGUCGAUCAAGACUGGGAUUGAGAGUGCGUGUUUGCUCUUGCGGGUGGACGACAUUGUGAGUGGUGUGCGCCAGGGCUAG